ACAUUUCAUCUUAAUAUAAAUAACACUUAUGCAAGUGCUGGAAUAGACAGAAUCUCGCAAAUUUUAAAAGAAUGGAGUUUUAUAGAUCCUUCAAAACUCGUUUUAGGCGUUGAAUUCGGAGGCGUUGUCGAAGUUGUUUCUUCUAAUAAUAUUAAAUCAGACAUCGAGAGUCAACAUCUUCAACCAAUAAAUGACUCAAAUUUUAAGUUCCCUUUUGCUAAUGAACAGAUUUCAGAUCAAUGUGGAUAUUCAUCAUAUGCAUAUUGGUCAUGGGAAAGUUUAAGUAGUUUAUUAUCUACAUCAUCUUGUCCUACGAAUUUAAUAUCAUCGUCACAAUGGACCUAUGGUUUUAUUAGCAAUGCGAAACAACCAUAUCUUUACCAACAACAAAACUCUUCAAACUACUAUGUCGUUUUCUAUGAAGAUUAUCAAUCGUUAAAUGCCAAACUUGACUAUAUAAAAAAUAAUAAUUUAACAGGAAUUGCGAUUGCAGACAUCACCAAAGAUUCACAAUUGACAAAUUUUAUUUUGGGAAAUCAGUCGGGAAAAAGUGGAAUUCCAGGUUCCCCUCCACCUUCAUCCACACCCACAUCAUCUACAUCUCAGUCAUCUCCAUCUAAUGUAGGGGCAAUAGUAGGUGGUGUAAUAUGCUCCUUUAUUUUUGUUAGCGCAUUAGUGGCGGCUGGUUUUAUAUUAUAUCGAAGAAAACAUAAAAAUGUUAUAACAACUGUCGUGGCAAUGUUUGAUUUCGUGGGAAAAGAAGAAAAUGAUUUGAGUUUUAAAGCAGGAGACAUAAUUGAAGUACUUGAGAAAGGAGAUGGGCCUAAUGAUUGGUGGGUGGGUAGAUUACGUGGUGUAGUAGGUGAAUUUCCUG